AUGUCUAUAAAUCGUCGAGCUGCAAUCGAUGCGUUCAUUGAACGUCAACUUGAUAAGUUUCAUCAAUUAAUUCAUCAUCUUACAUUAUAUUAUAAUAAUACUCGUUUACAUUUUUCAUUUCUUUCUGAAAAAACAAAUCAACGUUAUUUAUAUUUAAGCAUUCUUAUAACAUUUAUUCUAUUAACAAUAAUUUUCUUAAUCAUAUUUGAAUAUCGUCGUUUAUUAAAAUAUAUACAAAAAAUUUUUCAAUUGAUUUAUUCUUAUAAAGAAAAUAUAUUAAUAAAAAUACGAAAAAAAUUUUUACAAAAAACAACUCCAUCACUUAUAAAUAUAUUAUUAAAUUCCAAUAGUCAUAUUCGAAAAAAAUUUUGUAAUGAAUUUGUACGAAGAUUAAAUGAAGAAUUUUUAAAUCGAAAGGAACAGCUCAGCGUGGAAACACUACAAUUUGCUAAUGCAAAAAUUCGUGAUGUUUCUCAAACUAAUAACAACAACAAUAGUGAAACACCUGCUGAAAAAAUUAUUAUUAAUGCUGUACUUGAUUUUGAUCAUUUAAUUGUUAAUAUUAUUAAUACAUUUCGAGAACAACAUUUUUCUGUUGAAACACCGAAAUUAUCUGGUCAAUUAUAUAUUUUAUUAGCUAUUAAUCCUAAUCAAUAUUCAAUUGAAGCUAAUCUUCAACAGCUUCAAAUUAAUCCAGUUAAUAUUAUUGAUCCAAAUAAUACUUUAUUACCAAGUGAAAAACAAUCUAUUGUUAAAUUACUAGACGAAACUAUUAGUCGCACAACAGUUCGUUGUUCAUUUCGUCUAUCAGAUCAUCAAGAAGAUACAAAUUAUCAUGCUCUUUAUAAUUCCGCAUUUGGAUCUUAUCCAGAUUCGAAUAAACCCUAUUCAUCUAAUAAUCAACAAUCAUCAUCAUCUGUUCAACCAGUUGGAUCUCGUUCACAUGAACAAACUUCAAUAAGAUAUCAACUACCCGAACCUCCACCAACAUUACUAGUUAAUGAUAUAAAUCCAUAUAUAUAUACAAAAGAAUCAGAAUUUGAAAAAGAACCAAAAAGAUUACUUGUUCGUAUUGUUAAAGCUGUUAAAUUGCAUGAUGUUGAACAACCAUAUUGUAUUCUCGAAUUAAAUCAUCCAAAACAGAUCAAACAAACAGAUAUUGCAAAAAAUGGUCUUAAUCCUUUUUGGGAUGAACGUUUUAUUUUUGAAUGUGAUGAACAAAGUAAUCAAAUACGUUUACAAAUAAUUGAUCGAAAACAAACUAAUAAAAGAACGAAUAAUAAUUACAUUGAUACUGUUUAUGCUGAUGUAUCAAUACCUUUUGCUUAUGCAACAAGCACAGUCUAUAAACAAGAUAUACCAAUAAGUCCACAGAACCCUGAAUCCAUUAUUCGUUUAGAGGUAAGUCCAGAAGUACGAUCAAAACAUGAACAUAUUCAAAAUAAUCAACGACAAUAUCUUCCAACUUUAAAAUUAAUUAAAUCGAAUUCUUGUUCAGAUGUAUGCAGUUUAGCACAAAAUUUAUUGCAAUCAGAAUCAUUUGAUGAUGAUCAAAUAGAAGAAACAAAAGAAUUGGAUAACACUACUCGUUUUUCAUCACUACCACUGGAACCAAGAGAAGCUCCCAUACGUAAAAAAUCCAAUGCAUAUUCAUUAGUGCCAAUGGAAUCAACAGGUUUUACAAUUCAAACAUCAACACAUUCAACUGAUUGUUUAGGGGCAUCAGUUGAAACAAAAUUAACAAAUAGUGCUAACAAAUCUCAUGAAUCAUAUCAGUUACUUUAUACACAAUCUAGUUUAGUAAAAACUUCAUUUUCAUAUAAUGAAGAUAAAACUACAUCAUUACCACCAACGAUGUUACACGAUUGGAAAUCACAAAAUCAACAAAAACUUCAUAAAAUUGAACAAGAUUAUCCAGAACGAUAUCAACAAUCAUCAUCCAAUGAUUUCUUAUCAUCAUCUUACGAUGCAGCUACACUGCCAAAACAUUAUGGUUUGCCAUCUAGUUUAUAUGAUGAUGAUAAUGGCUUUGUGUCAACAUUACCUCGAUCAGUAAACAUUCAUUCAAACACAAGUCCACUUUCGCAAUCUUCACCAUUAACACCUCGUGAUGGUGGUCUUGGACAUGAUAAACCUCAAAAAUCAAAAUCAUUUAUGAGUUCACUUAAACAUUUAACAUUACCAAGACGAAAACAUCGUAACAAAGACAAACAUGAUACUAGUAUGAGUUCACAUACAAGUAGUAUUUCACAAUUAAACACUAGUAUUCAAGCACAAAAAACUAAUCCUGUUUCACAUAGUUUAUCAUCAGCUUUACCAGGACCAAACCCCGAAUAUUUUCUUGGAAAUGUGACAGAUCCAAAGCCAAUUCGUCGUAGUCGUUCAAUAUCACAAUCAUUUAAAAAUUUAUUUCGAUCAAAUUCAAAAAAGAAAACAAAUGUUGCUAAAGCAGAUGCAUUAGGUGAAUAUGAAAAUGGUACACAUAAAUUUAUUGUUGAUAAUCCAAAUUUUUUAUCAACAUCAACACCAACAACAAAAAAACUUUCAUUUCUACAUCGACAUAGAUCAAAACAAAAAACUAAAGAACAAACAAAUUAUUCAGCAAAUUCAUUAUCAAGUUUUGAUUGUUCAAGAGUUGAAUCUGUACGAGAUACACCGGUUCGUGCUAAUGUUGGACAUCCAGUGACGAUGACAAAAUCAAUUGUACAAUAA